AUGACGAAACUUUUUGAAUGGUUUAUGGCUGCGGCUUGCUUUUUCAGCGUCUAUUUUGCAAUAGUUCUGCGUCAGGUGAGGCAUGAAGUGUUGGAUCAGUACAUGCUGGAAAUUCAGCUUUCGCCAAUAUUUCUGGUGCUAAUUUUCGGUUUGUUCUCGGCCACCGUGGUGUUAUAUCGAACUUUCACAUUUAAUGACUGCCAGGAAGCCGCCAAGGAGCUGAUGGAACAGAUUAAGGAAGCUAAAGCUGAUCUGAGAAGCAAAGGUUUAGUGUUGAGUGAUUAG